AUGAAUGGGUGUGAACUCAAUUUGAAUCUGAAGGACAAUAAUUCAGCCUCUUUUUCUUUUUCUUAUCUAUUCGCCUUUUCAAAUUUAUCUCGCGAUUGCUUCCCCACUUUCCCUUGCUUCCAUUUUUUUUGUCUUUUUUUACUCUUUCGCUUCCGCCCUCUCAUUUUUUUCACCAUUCUAAUACUCUUCUUUCUACCUUUAUUCAUUUUGCCUACUUCUUUUACCUUCUCUCUCUUCCACCCUCAUACUCUUUUUUUGUCUUACUCGUCAGUCUUUCUAUAUCUCUUUUGCUGUAACCUCAGAGGAAUUCUAUCUAUCUAUCUAUCUAUCUAUCUAUCUAUCUAUCUAUCUAUCUAUCUAUCUAUCUAUCUAUCUCACUCUGUUCAUAUCUAUCUAUCUAUCUAUCUAUCUAUCUAUCUAUCUAUCUAUCUCAUUCUCUGUUCAUAUAUAUCUAUCAUUCUUUUUCUAUGCGUAACAGUCUAUCUAUCUAUUCAUAAUAUAUGCAUCAAACAUUUUCUAUCUAUCUUUCUAUCUAUCAAAACACAGUCUCUUCAUUCUAUCUAUCAAUCACAUCUAUCUAUCUAUCUAUCUAUCUAUCUAUCUAUCUAUCUAUCUAUCUAUCUCUCUGUUCAUAUCUAUCUAUCUAUCUAUCUAUCUAUCUAUCUAUCUAUCUAUCUAUCUAUCUAUCUCAGUGGCUAUGUAGUUAAUGAGAUUUCCAUAUGUCCUUAUAGGGGAACCUGA